GCAAGACAAGUUUAAGAUCUUUUCAUUCUUUCUGUAUUGUUGGCUGCAUAAGCAAAAUGACAAGCUUAGGAAAGUUGGGGCAAUGGCCUUUACUUGUAACUGCUUUGGCAAUUUGCAUAGCAGCUAACACUGUUUUUGCUGAUUACUCUUAUGGGUAUACUUCUCCCUCACCUUCUUAUGCCUCUAAGAAGUAUUACAAAUCACCAUCUCCACCCAAGUAUCAUGUACCUACUCCUUACUAUAAGUCACCUGCUCCUUCGAAGUACUACAAAUCACCCGCUCCUACAAAAAACUACUACAAGUCACUCGUUCCUUCAAAGCAAUACUACAAGUCGCCAGCUCCCGCGAAAUACUACAAGUCGCCCGCUCCCGCGAAAUACUACAAGUCGCCCGCUCCCGCGAAAUACUACAAGUCGCCCGUUCCCGCGAAAUACUACAAGUCGCCGGCUCCUUCAAAGAACUACUACAAGUCGCCAUCGCCUGCGAAGUACUACAAAUCCCCAUCACCUGCAAAGUAUUACAAGUCACCAUCCCCAUCAAAAUAUUACAAAUCACCUGCUCCCUCUAAAUACUAUAAGUCACCGCCACCACCAAAAUAUUACAAGUCCCCAGUUUACUACAAGUCUCCACCACCACCAACUUAUUAUGAGAAAUCACCUUCGUAUUACAAGUCACCUCCACCCCCACCAAAAUACUAUGAGCAAUUACCAUCUUCUUACAAAUCUCCACCUCCACCAUACUAUAAAGAAUCUACACCUUCCUAUAAAUCUCCUCCACCUCCACUAAAAUACUACGAACCUAUAACUUACAACGUGCCAUCUCUACCAAAGACUUAUGAAAAAUCACCAUCUUAUUACUCACCUCCACCACCAACGAACUAUUACAAGCAAACUCCCACCUAUGCCUCACCUCCACCACCUGAGAAGUACGAGCAAUCCGCCACCUAUGCUUCACCUCCACCCCCAUCAGCAUCUCCUCCGCCAACCUACUACUAAUUUUAACUAUUCGAUCAUUUUCCUCCAUUUCCAUGAUUUUUAAUUCCUUUUUGUUCUCUUAUUUUUGGCAACUCCAUUUCCUCUGCCAAAAUUUGAUGUAUGCUUCCCGAAAUGAUCGGCUUUUACU